AUGGAUGUCUUUUUUUAUUAUUAAUUAACACUGGAAAACAUUUACAAACAUACAAACGAAAAAAAUAAACGUAUCAUACACCUAUAUACAGAUCACAUACACACACACAGACAGACAGGUACCAUCUACGUGAACGUUUGAUGCGACAUUUCAUACGACAUUCAUUCGAUUUGAUUCAAAAACUUGAUCUGAAUGAAUUUGAUUUUGUUGUGUGUGUGUGUGUGUUUGUGUUUGCCAAUGCAAAGUAAAACAACAAAAAUUCUUCUCAUUCAUCCAAAAGCAAUCGACAUAAAUCACAAAAUUCUUUUUUGUUUCUUCUUCAAAAAUUUUUUUUUUUUUCAUUUUUAAACUUGGAAUUCAAAAGUGCCGUUAACAGGUGUUUGAUAACAUCGACAACGUGUCAUCAUCAUUGGUAUAAAACAUCAGUGAAACGAAUUCGAUCUCAGGCAAUAACAGCAAGUUAUGGGGAAAAAUCAGCAAUUACCAUCGCCACCACCAACAACAACAACAACAACGACAACAGAAUCAACAACAACAACGACGUCGUCGUCAUCAUCGUUGCCAAUAAUGAUGAUUACAAAUAAUAAUAAUAGUGAAAAGCCGCAGCCGCAACAACGAUCAACAACAUUAUCAUUGACAACGUCCAUAAAAAAAGUUGAUUCAUAUGAUGAUCAUCAUGAUGAAGAUGAGCAUAGUGAACCAAUCAGUCUUAUUCAAUAUCUUUUAUCUUGCUGUGGUUUUGAACAUUUGUCUAAAAUGAAACGUUUAGAUUCACUUGAUAUACUCUAUACAGUUGGUUCAUUAAUCGCAUUUCUUGGCUGUGUUUGGCAAUUGAUCGAUGUGAGCCGGAUAUAUUUUGCAUACGAUACAAAUGUCAAUGUUAUGUUUGUACGUGAAAUUAAAGUGGAAAUUCCGGGUGUAACAAUUUGUGCAAAUCUUGGCAUGAUUGCAAAUGAAACAUAUCUACAAGAACAUUAUCGUUCACGAUUAGAAUCGAUGCCUGAAUAUCCGGAUAAAAAAUAUCGUGCAUAUAAAAAAUUGUUACGAAAUCUGACACUAAAUGAACAAUUGAAUAAAGCAACCAUAUCACAUAAAGAGCUAUUACAGGAAUGUCGUAUUAUGACACCGAUUGCAUUCGAAAAUAGUACCGAAAAUAAAGAUGGUUUCAUUCCAUGUAAUCAUGUUGCAGCGAUACAUGAAUUUUUGACUUAUUCGAAAAAAUGUUUUUCCAUCGGUCUACAGUUGAAUAAUGAACCAAAUGAUCGUUAUGUUAUUGAUCAUGAUGCAACCAUACGUGAUAAUGGUUUUCCAUUAUUUGAAAUACGAUUGUUGAAUAAAUAUCUUGAAGCACCAGUAAUAUUCAUUAAUUCACGUACAACACCAUUCUUGUCGUUUAUUGGUGGACAAACCAAUGGAUUUCAUGUUAAUAAUACAAAAUUCGUUACACAUACAUUUAGUUAUGUGAAAACAAUCACUGAAUUAUUGGAACCACCGUUCAAAACAAAAUGUCGUAAAUAUGAAGAAAUUGGCUAUAAAUCAUUGAUGCAUUGUAUGAAUCAUUGCAAGGCCAAUUAUUUCAUACGAAAAUUCAAUGGAUGGCAUGGUGAUGUACCAGCUGAUAAUAGUUAUAAUCUUGACAUUUAUUAUGCUCCUGAAGUACAUAAACAGAAUAAAAGUUUGGAUAAAAUUAUGUCCGAAGAAUGUUCAGAAUUCUGUAGUAAACGGCAAGAUUGUCAUAGUGAAUUCUAUACAGUGCAACCGAUUGCCGAAUUUGAACGUGGCCAUGGACGUCCUGAAUGGCAAAAUCUUUAUCGUAUCAAUAUUUAUUUACCAAGUGGUUUGAAUACUCAUUAUAAACAUUCACCACGUUUAGAAUGGAUUGAAUUCAUCUGUUAUUAUGCCAGUGUCAUUAGUCUUUGGUUUGGUUUUUCAAUCAUUGCAUUUUCAAGAGCUUUAGUAUGUCUUAUUCAUCAGAAUUCACUUGCAGCAAAAAAGAAUGCUGAAAAUAAUAAUAAUGAAUUAAAAGCAGAAAACAUAAAAGAAGGUCAAACUAACUGUGGUUAUAAUCAAUCACCACGUACUUCGAUCAGCAUAUCAUCUUGAAAUGGAUGUUGAAUCGGAUCAUUUUUUCAUCAUCAUCAUCAUCAUCAUCUUCAUUUUCAGCCUCUUUUUAUCAUUUUGCAUAUAUAACAUAAUCAACAGGUGAAUGUUAUUUCUGUUUGAAACAAAUAAAAAUUUCCAUUUUUUUUUCGUUGGUUGAUUAAAUAAAUUUCUGCUAUUUUCAUAUUCAA